ACUAACGUUCACUGCGUACCUGCAACAAUACAGAGGCUGAUGGCGUCUGUGCAUUAUCAUCGCUGCGUACUCUUCUAUCGUCACGCUGGGGGUGUACUCGGCUGAGCUGAGCUGCAAAAUGUGACACGCCUCUUGCACGUGUGAGAAACCGAGAAAAGCGCAUCGAACGGUAGGUCGAUGAGCGGCAGCCGCUGGUUCGUCAGCAAGUCCAAGGAGUCGCGCCGAGAGCGGGCUCGGACGUCGCACAACCACCACGGCGGCGACGAACGCCGCGACGACUACGUCUCGUCCCGCCGCGGUACCGAACGCGCCUCAGAACGUUCGCGCGCGCCAAACCACAGUGCCGCUGCUACAAGUCCGGAGCGCAAGGACAACCCCAGGUCUUCGGGGGCGUCCAAGAACUCCGAAGGCGGCCACGGUCAGCUUGUGUUUCGGCGCCAGGACCGCGUCAAAGUCAAGCAACGCACGCCCGAUGGUUCCCCGCGCCGGGACGACCACAAACCCCCGUCGUGCGCGCCUUCCAAGUCGCGAGGACGUGGAGAUUCCAAGAAACCAUCAGGAGAUGACGACCUGUGGAGUGCCCUGGGCCACGUGUACAAUGAGGUGCCCGCGUGGGCCCUGCGGGAGGUCCGCGAGCGCCUUACUCCGGCCUGGGUGGCCAAGCACCAGGGCUACCUGCGACGAGUGCUCGAGGAGUCCCUGAAGCGCUCUCGGCUGCCCCACGAUGUCCGCGUUGAGCUGUCUGCCUGCAUAUCCACCUACGGCACCUUGCUCGGCGAGAGGGCCAAGGAAUUUGUGGACUGGCUACUGAACAUAUAUGACACAAGCAUCGUGGAUGAGUCUCGUAUCUGCCUGCUGAAGGCACUGUUGGAGGUGCUGAAGGGAAAUCCCCAAGUUGCUUCUGAGGUUUUGCAGACCGUGAUGGGCCGUGCCCAGACCAUGCUCGAAUCGGCCGACGACUGUGAACUGUUGCUGUCAGCAUGCGCGCUGUCCCUUUGGGCAGCGGAACAGGACCCCGAGGCCUUUGCCGCGUCUUACUUCCAUGACGCCGUCGACAUCCUUGUCGGGUGGCACAUCGACGCACCUUCGGAAUCUCUGGCCCGGCGCACGGGCGAUGCCCUGGAACAGCUUGGACCCUUUUGGGCCGCCGACCCAAACUUUUGUGCCACGUUGCUCGGACAGUUCGUCGAGGAUUUAGAGGCAUACGCUGAGGAUCUCGUCAAUGAGGACCCCAACGAAUGCCUGGACAGGAUGGGCUCCCUGCUGCGCGUCUACGGCACGGUGGUGCAUAGCCUCGGCGACCAGGCUGUCCAGGUUGUCACCUGGGAGCUGCUCAGCGAGAACCUUCAUGGAAUGGCGAACUGUGUCCUUCAGGCAACCGAGUUCGCUCCCAGAAACUCUCUUCUUGUUUCAGCCAACCAGACGGUGGUGCUCUUGUGCAACCUGACGGGUCAGUGCCCUCCGUCUCUGGUGGACCUGCUGCACCUGCAGGCGCAGUUGGUGCUGUCCGAGGCACACACCCUGUCCCUGCUGCGACUGCUUGGGUCACUCGUUCAGCACCUGGGACCCCAGAUUCCACUACCAUUGGUGUCGCUGGCCUUCGAGAGCCGCUGGUGUCGCAGCCCACGGGCACGAGUGCAGGCACAGCUGUUGUCGGUGCAGCAUUCCAUGCUGAAGCUGAAGAGCGUGGCCAUCGUGGAGGAGGCCUACCGGUGCCUGGUGCAGAGCCUGGACGCGACCAACAUGGUGGCCACAGCCCUGGCACCCCUGUGCUCCCUCAGCCAGGUGGCCAACGCCCGACACUCCAUCAUAGGGAUGUGGGCCCUGAAGCCAGCCUUCUUCGACCUCCUUCUCGAGUACCUGACACCAGUCAGUGACGUCUGGCACGGAUCGCCCAGCACCCAGUAUGCCAUGCUUUACCUGCUGCACUCACACAGCCAGAGGCACGGACACUUCAUAUCAUCCAGCACGCUGCUCAUACAUGGCGACGACCCGGGCGUGCCACGGAGCGUGUACCUCUCGAGGAUACUCACCCUGCUUGCCAGUGUUCUUACAUCGACGACCGUGCCGGACGAUGCCAGGGGCCUGUGCCAGCACUGGUCCCUGCAGUUGGUCGAGUGCCUUCAGCUCCACAUGCCCCACCUGGCAAACUCAACCGAGUUCCUCAACCUCGUCGAUGCCACCAUCGACUGCGGCUAUGGCAAUGACCCCGAGGUGACCUCGAGGGCCUGCCAGAUUCUGCAACGAGUGGUGGACACUGUCUGCACCCUGCUUCCCAGAGACAUCCUGCAGAGGUGUUACAGCCUGUGCGUGGUCAAGGCUGGCAGUGCUGUCCUCAACGAAAGGUCAAAGUUCAUUGCCCUCAUGACCUUGCUGCCUGUUGACCUCCUUACAAGUGAGGCGCUGCUGAGCUCACCCGAGCUACAGGAGCAAGCGUUGCAGCGCACGGCCAUCUUGUCUGCCCCGGGCAUCAUCCUGACUGUGCAAGGCUUCCGCACGGUCAUGUCUGCAUUGCUACUACCGCCACCUGGUGGUGGCAACAUCGACGCCUGCGAGUUGCGCCUGGAGCGGCUGGCACCGGCUAGGCUGGCCUCGGGUCACCACGCAGGCGCCCUCUGGUGCUGGGCCUUGUGGGAGUCUGCGCAAAUUUGCGUGCACCUGAAGCUCCGCACUCCUCUGGGCAAACCCCAGGAGACGUUCACCUCGAUUGAAGGGGCCCUCAAGGCCCUGCUUGCUGAUCCCUCGCCCACGGGUAUCCCUUCUCUCAAGAGGGCACAGCUGCUUCUGGACUUUCUGGAGCAUCUCGACAAGAGCAUGUACAAUGCGUACGAGGGCAGUGCAGGCAGCCUGCCUGCAGCCCCCAAGGCGGUGCGCACAUUCUUUCGCACCAACCGGGCCACCUGCCUCGAGUGGCUGGCCAGGGUGCGACCACGAGCCGUGCGCCUUGCCCUGCGCGCGGGACGGCCCGCCGAGGCCCUGCGACACACGGCGGCCCUGGCUGCCUCUGCGCCUCAGGGCUUGGGAGCGGUGGUUCGUGAUGUGGCCACCUCGCUGGUGCAGCUGCACUGCCCCGAGGCCAUCUGGGGCCUGUACGCCUGGGGCAAGGAGGUCCUGGGUCAGCGCAUGCCCUGGCUGCGUGCGGCUGCUGCUCACGCUGCCGGCAGAUAUGAGUCUGCUGCGGAGGAGUAUGCAGCCAUCCUCAAAGACGACGCACAAACAUCAAAGGAGAUUCGGCCAUUUUUGCUCAACCAGAUCCUGGACUGUCACAUGAAGUUGGCCGACUGGAACGAAGCGCUCAAGUGGGUCGAGGAUUCUCGACACGCACCAGUCAACGGCUGCAUCAACAAGCCCAGUGCCCGCAUGUCCUCUAUCGCCCAGCACAUCAGGUCGCUGCUGAGCACAGACUCCGUCGAGAGCCCAUCCUGCCCGCGAGACAUGUGGGACGCAGAGCAGCAGCUGCUGUUGGCCCAACACCGCGCAACCAUGCCUGCAUGCUGUCGGGACAUCAACGCAUCCGAGGAGUCUGCCACUGCACUGCUGCAGCUGAGCACCAUCCAGUGGCCACCCCAGGUGGACCCUGCCCUGCUGGCCCUGGUGCGCCGGGUGCCGCCGGUGAUUGGUGAGCCUCUGUCACCCGCACAACACGACUGCAGCGCCAUCAGCGAAGCCCUCACGUGGAGCCACGCCGAGCCUAUCGAGGGGUUCCUGUUGGCUGGGGCUCGUCUGGCUCGCAAGCAGCACAACUUGCGACUGGCUGAACGCUGGCUUCUGCGGGAGGCCGGCAGUGAUGAGGAGGGUUCGUCCCUGAUCACGCUGGCCGACGACGGCGCCCCCUUGGCCAUCCUGAGGGAGGCUGCGAAGUUGCUGCACGCUCGGGGAGAGUUGGUCGAGGGUGCAAGGAUAAUGGCCCGUGUGGCCUGGACGCACGCCACCAGUUUCGAAGACUCGGAACUGGUUGCCAGGUCCCUGCUGACCUUGGCCAAGUGGCUGCAGGCGGAGCCGCCAACGGUCGAGCCGCUGCUCAGGGAUGGACCGCGCAACGGCCACGUUGACGGCUUGGCGUCCGCCUUCUCGUACGGCUUCUCGCCGUCCGGCCAUCAGCGCAAGUGCUCCGCGCCCCCUCCGCAGCUGCAGCCCCUGGACGGCCUGCUCAGCAGCUCGGAGUUGUCCAUAGGGUCCUUGCUGAGGCACAGCCUGUCCCUGUGCCCGACCUUGCCCAAGGCGUGGGCCACCUAUGCAGGCUGGUGCUACCGCUGGGGUCGCAAGGUCAUCGAUGCACCCAGUGACGGCAAGCUGAACAUCUCGACAAAGGACAACGACCUGGCAUACCUGCUUCCCGAUUCCCUGACAGAUGAGGAGAAGAGUGCCGCCAAGCGCAUCCUCAUGAGAGUGCAGGCCUUUCCCGAGUCGGACGGCCAUGUCGACAGGACCCACAUGGCCUGGUCAGACCUGCGACAGGAGCUGGAGGCGGUCUGCCCACGACUAGACCCUCGGACCCUGGACUCCCUGUUAGAAUCGCGAGCGGUAGUGCUCAGCCGGGCCUUUCAUUAUUAUCGGUCGGCUGCCUCUGCCUACUUCAAGUAUCUACAACUGCAGCAGCUACAGGACGAAGACACCAACGUGACGGCCACCCUGCGUCUCCUGCGCUUGGUGGUGAAGCAUGCCUCCGAGCUACGCGGCGAGCUCGAGGAAGGGCUGACGGACACGCCGACGGCGCCCUGGCGGGGCAUCAUUCCGCAGCUGUUCUCGCGCCUCAACCACCCAGAGGCCUACGUUCGCAGGAGCAUCCAAAAGUUGCUGUCGAGACUCGCCCGGGAUUACCCUCACCUGAUCGUGUUCCCCGCUGUCGUAGGGGCACUGCCAGAGCCACCUGGCGGCAUUGGUGGAACCAGUGCCCUUUUUGGUGGAGCCACGGCGUCUCCAGCCAGUGAAACGACGGAAGAUGAAGGAACUACGUCAGUGCUGAUGAGAGAGAGCUACAUUGCCCUCGUUGACACGCUGGCAGCAGACGACGCACAGACCAUCACGCAGGUGCGACUGCUUGUGGGUGAGCUGCGACGCAUCACCUUGCUCUGGGACGAGCUAUGGGUGGGUGCGCUCAACGUGCACAGUGGGGAGGCCCACCGCCGCAUCCGCACCCUCGAGGAAGAGGUGGGGAGGGUGCGUGCCAAUGUGGGCCUCAGCACAGCCCAGAAGGACACUCUGAUCCGAGAUAAGCACUCCCUCUUCCUGUGCCCGACGUUACGCCUGCUAGAGCAGCUGCAGUCUGUGGUGACGUCCCGCGAACCCGAGACUCCGCACGAACUGUGGUUCCGCGAGACCCUGGGGCCUCUCAUAUCCGAGACCCUGGAGACCCUGCGUAACCCCCACGACCCGUGGCGACCACAGGCGAGCUGGGCAGCACUGAGGCGCCUGCAUCUGCGCCUGCAACGACGCUCGCACGAGGAAGGGCCCCAGCUGCUCAUGGAGCGGGUCUCUCCAGCACUCGCCGCUCUCAAGAACUCGCGGGUGCCCAUGCCCGGGUGCUCGGGGAAUGUCCGCAUCGCAGCGGUCCAGUCAUCCAUAGCUGUGCUGCCCACCAAGACCAAGCCCAAGAAGUUGAGCUUCCAGGGCUCGGACGGCCAGCGGUACACGUUCCUCUUCAAGGGCAUGGAGGACCUCCACCUGGAUGAGCGUAUCAUGCAGCUGCUCAGCAUCUGCAACAGCCUGCUGGCAAGGGGGGCCACGGGGGCCAGUGCACCGAGGGCUCGCCACUACGCGGUCACUCCCCUGGGCUCCCGGUCGGGCCUCAUCCAGUGGCUGGACGGGGUGACCCCGCUGUUUGCCCUCUACAAGCGCUGGCAGCAGCGUGAGGCCUCCUCCGUGCUCAGACCCUCCGAGCUGUUUUAUGGCAAGCUGACGCCUCUGCUCAAGGAGCAGGGCAUCACCAACUUGGACAAUCGUCGUGAUUGGCCCGUGAGCGUCUUGGUGAGCACACUGCAGGUGCUCAUGGCCGAGACUCCCAAGGACUUGGUGGCCCGAGAGCUGUGGUGCGCAGCGGUCAGUGCCCCGCACUGGUGGCGCGUCACCUGUGCCUUCAACCGCUCAACGGCCGUCAUGUCGACCGUCGGAUACGUCAUCGGCCUCGGCGACCGACACCUCGACAACAUGCUGCUUGACCUGCGCACCGGAGAGGUGGUGCACAUUGACUACAAUGUGUGCUUCGAGAAAGGCAAGAACUUGCGAGUCCCCGAGAAGGUGCCCUUCCGCAUGACCCCCAACAUCGAGGCUGCGCUCGGGGUCACCGGUGUCGAGGGACAGUUCCGUCUGGCCUGCGAGCAGGUUCUGAAGGUCUUGCGCCGCGGUCGGGAGACCCUGCUGACGCUGUUGGAGGCCUUUGUGUAUGACCCGCUUGUCGACUGGGACAGCAACACCGGCAUGUGCUCUCCCGCCUCGCGUCUGGAACGAGACAUGGCUAGUGCCCUGCUGGCCAUCCGCAUCCGCGAGACGGCCCAGCCCUGGGCACACAACCGAAGGCUGCUGGCUGACGCACUGGACAAGACUGCCGAGCUCCUCCAUGAGUGGCAGCAGGCGCAGGGCUGCGUGCACGCUUCGGAGCAGAGCCUGGGUGAGGCCUGUGCCCAGCAGACGAUUUUGGAGGAGGCCCUGGCCUCGGAGGGCAAGGAGCACCCACUCUUCUCUCUGCCCGCACGUUACCGCGAGUGGGCGCUCGUCCGUGGGGCACGGGACUCGGCACUUCAGGCCCUCAUGGAAAAGCUUGAGGAGUGUCGCCGCUGGAGCGCUAUGCAGAGCGCAGCCAUGUCGGCGCUGUCAUCUGGAACGGCUCCCGAGAGGUGGCUCCGAGUGUUGAAUGCCGAGCCCGCCCUCGAGUCGGUAGGGUCACUAGCACCCCUGGUGGAGUUCCUUCAAAGCUCUGGGCAGCUUCAGCUGCUCCAGCAGUGCGAGCAGAGCGAGGGUGAGCUGCUGGCAUUCGUACAGCAGAUGCGGCAGGCAAUGCACACGGCCGUGGAUCUUCUGGGCACCUACGCGGCCAUCGUGGUGCAGGGUCCCCCGCACGGCUGGCACCAGCCCAGUCACCGCCUGCAGCACUGGCAACACUGGUUGGAAGGGCUUCACCAGGAGUUCACCCUAGCCAAGUGUCAAGAGGUGAUAUCAGAGUUCCACCAUCACUAUGGCCUUGGAACGGAAGUUACAUUUUCCCAGGCAGCCCUGGCGCAGCACUACGAGCUCCAGUCUGCCGUUGCAGACUGCAACUCUCAUAUCAUGGCAGUGCUGAAACGCAAGCAAACGGAGGGACCCGACUACCUUCCUGAUGCUCAGACUGCAGUCUUGUCGCUAGCCCAAGGCAGCAAUGAUGGAAAGACUGUUGCAGACACAGAGACCGAUACCGUAACAAAUGAAAAUGGAGAAAAAGAGCGUGCAAACGAGCAACUGCUUGAAAAGCAGAACCCGUCCCAGAAGCCUGCGGUGGUGGCUGCCCUGCUUGGUGCCCUCUGCCCCUGCGCCCAGAACAUGGUUGUUUUGGAGACCACUGCGGCUGCCUCGGCUGAGCGCCUCGCCGAGCUUCAGUUCUGGGGCUCUGAUUGGUUCUUGCAGGACCUUCACAUGCUGGCCGCCGUGGCAAACGAGAUGGGACAAGCCCUAGUGCAGCUGGAUCCACCUGCUGAAACUGUGAAGCUGUGUGCAGUGGUCGAGUCCAUCUACAACGUGUUUGCGGCCCUGCUGGACGUGGUGGUGCACUUCCAGAACAUCAUUCUGCCCGAGGCUCUGAAGAGAUCCAUGGAGAUGAGUGUGCUGGCCCUGGUGUCCAGUAUGCACGAACCACCCCUCGGGGGUCAGGGUGUUGUGGAGUUCAUUGGGGAGCUGACUCAGCAGUUGCACCAGAAGAUGACCGACGGUGUCCCAUAUGAACCAACUCCAGCUCUGGAAGACAUCAAGGUUGCUUUAGACGAGUUGUUGAAGACAGACGACACUGGACUGACACCUGGGAAGAUGCUUGUCCAAGGUUUCCACGGCCUUUUUGGCAAGACUGCCACCGAAUUGUCCAAAUUCUACGCCUUGCUGGAAGGCAUAGGUCUCGAAUGGAAGUGCGUCGACAUAGUCUGGAACUCCUACUCGCUCUGCCCCCCGCACGUGGACGCCCUGGACGCAUACCUGAAGGAUGUGAUGUUCCUGCAGUGCCUGCAGUGCAUGCACCAGAUCUUCUCGCCACCACUGCUGACGGGCAUGGCCGAAGACCAUGCCUUUCUGCCUGUCAAGCACUGCAUUGGCACCAUCUACCGAGUUCAGAUGCUGGGCCUGCCAUCGUUUGCCCUGUCUGCGUGCCUGUGUGCCGUGCUGGCCCUGCCCCACGGCGGCAGUCAGAGCCAGCUGCUGCUGGACACCCCAGCCAGCCGCACGCUGGAGUCCCUGUCGGACGGCUGGGAGGCCAGCAGUGAGGCGGUGCUGGCCGUCAGGUCCCUGGAGUCAGCACAGCGCCACCGCGACGUCCUGCGCCGCCUGGACCAGGCGGAGGGGUUGCUGCGGGUGCGGCUGCACCGCUGCCAGCUGCGUCUUGCUGCCCACCAUUGGCUGCACGAGGAGGCCCUGCCCAACCCUGGUGGACAGACCCUGCCAGCCAGGGCGAGCCUUCUGUCCGAGAUGCGCAAGGCGGCGCAGGUGGCAGCCUCCCUGGUGGCCACCCUGUCCGAGGCCAAGGAGGCCCACCUAUCCGUGGCGGGGGCCAUCGAGCAGCGGCUCAAGUGGGCCGGUGGAGCCAACCCUGCUCUGGGCGACUUGCGGGACACCUUUGCCCAUGUGCUGGACCAGUGGACUGACACCAUCCAAAUGAUGAGCGACCUGGCCAUGGAGGUGUGUGACGCCAGCGAGGCCCUGCUGCUGCACGAGGCCCUGCGCACGCGGACCACCGAGACCCUGGCGUGGGACUCGAGCCUGCUGGGCCUGCUCAACCAAUGCCAGGAGAGCUGCAUGCUGGCCGAAAACGCCGCACCCAUAGCGCCCGCCGAGCAGCAGCUGCUGCAGCUGCAAGGGGCGGCACCCCUGCCCAACGAGGCCAGCGUCGAGUGGCUGCGCUCGCUCCUCGACAAGGUGGCGCUCGGUGCCUGCCGGGAACAGCUGGAGCAGGCCAAGACCAGCCGAGACGCCGCCAAGGAAGCCCUGCAAAACCAGGUGUCGGCGUUGCGCGCUGACGUGUUGGGCAAGCACCACGAACUUCUGUCCGAGCUGCGCUCGCUGCUCAAGUCUUUGGCACGACAGGAGGACAUGGCCGUGCAGGAGUACCUAGCCACAUACCGGCAGUUCUCCGAGCGUGCAUCUGAACUGGUGAGGACUUUGCUGGCCCCCGAUGCCACGCCUAGUGAGAGCGCCCAGAAGGCCCUCUCCGAGCUCAUCGCCAUGGUACCUCGCGUCUACAAUGGGCUCACAGAGCUGGCUAACGCUCAGGAUGGCCUUGACUCUCCAAAGAACUACACUGUCAGCAAGAGCGUCGAGCAGACGCCCGACCGGAAAGUGGCAAAGGACCCGAGAACAGGAAAAGCUUUGCAAGAGCGCAACAGUUAUGCAGUGGGAGUGUGGCGGAGGGUGAAGAUGAAGUUGGACGGUCGUGACCCUGACAGCACCAAGCGCUCCAGCAUCGCCGAGCAGGUGGAUCACAUCAUCAGCGAGGCCACACGCCUGGAGAACUUGGCACUGCUGUACGAAGGCUGGACGCCUUGGGUGUGAUCCGCCACCCACAUCAGCCCCCCCUGGGAGUGGGGGGCAACUGGAUUUCCUGGCUCCAGCAGACGACGCGGGACAGCAGACGACGACAACGAUGGCACCCAAGAUCAACAGCAAAACGCAAGGCAGCCCCCCUCUGCAGUAACCCUUACUGGGGAAAGAAAAAAAAAAGAUAGAAAAGAAAAUGACAGGGUGAAGAAGAGGAGAGCCGGUGUGCGCGCCUCGCAGUAAUGUCAUCGCCACGACAACCACCGCCAACCAACACACUCCUUACGUCGGCUUUUAAAAGCAGAACGCUCUCCUGAAGUCUCUCUGUACGACAAGCGACCGCCACGGGGAAAGAAACAGACUCCGGGGCUGCCAGCACGCCCCAGCCAAUGACCGUGGUAGCCAUCUUCCUGUCCUCCUCCCCAACAGCCUCCCUCUCGCACCCAUGGAGCACGCUAGACAUCUGUCGCAACAACUAGCAUAAUACGCCUCUGCCAGCGGCAUUUGCUGCCGAGCCUGGCUUAUAGAAAGAGCACAAAUGUCGUCGACAGGAGGUUACGCGUUUCAGAGUCUGCUUCGGGGGUUUGUCUGAGGAGGGAGAGUUGUCAGUGGCCGUUGGUAGGUGACGCCACUGCCUGUGCUCCGGGAGGGGGAGGGACUCAUUCACAGGUGGCGAAACCUGGUGUUUUGUUCGAUUUUCGACACCGCUAGUGGGAGUUGCCCUACAAGUGUUUUGAAAGGCUGCAGAAUUGCUUUGGCAAAAGGAAGAAGUUGAAGUGGAGUAAUAAGCAGCAGCAGCUUGUGUAGCCUAUGCCCUUUGCCAUGCUAUUUCCCGGCAAGUGUAUGACAAACAUGCUGUGUGCUUCCUACCUUUUUUUUAUGGCCUGUUUUUUUAACCUUUCUUUUUGUGUGUGAACUUUAUGCAGCCCCUGCUAGCAGUGUUAUUUCUCUCCUAGUUUUAUGUGUGCCCCUUGUAGUAGAUGCGUGAAGUUUGUUUUUUCUUGUGUGCUGGAAGUUUUGUAUGUCAGAAGAUCAGGUGGACACUGGUUAAAGCAGAGACUUGGAGAGUCAUUCACGUAGCUUGCAAUCGUAACGUGUACCUUUUUUUUUUUUUUAACGUCUGUUCUCACUUAAGCACAUUUCCUAAUCUGACAUACAGCAUUCUUUUGUGGCAAUUCACAGUAACAGUUUGCAGUUUGGGAUAAUCGGGUGUAGAUGUCUUUUUCUGUCUUCGUUGUGUUUGGGACUCGUCUUUCUGCUUUUGUCUUUUUUUUUUGCAGGCCCGAUUGAUUUUUCUCCUAGUGUACCAGAACGCAUCAAUAAAAGCCAUCGGUUUCAACUUUU